UCUUGCAUCCCACCCUUCGGCUUUUACUUCGAAAACUUUGACUAACAAUUAGUUUCACGUCGGAGAGGCGAUCUAUCGCGACGUUCUGCUCUGCUGACAGAUAUACUCGUGAUCGCGUAAAAAAAAAGCAUCGGUCACGCAGCAGGUAUCGAGCAAGUUGCAUAAUUAAUUGCGUUAUCUGAACACAAGUGACAAUCAUGAUCAAUCAUUUAAAUGCCUAAUCACAUACAUUAAACUGAAUCAUCUAAAUAAGAAUGCCUCGCAAACGACGCGCCUCAACAUCGUCAUUGGAGGAAUAUCCUUCCGACGAGAAAUACAUGAAAGAUGACAUAGACAGUCGCGCGCCGCGAAAUGCUGCCAAUGCUCGGGAAAGAGCUCGUAUGAGAGUUUUAUCCAAAGCUUUUGGAAGAUUAAAAACUUCAUUACCUUGGGUACCAUCAGAUACAAAAUUGAGCAAGCUGGAUACGUUAAGACUUGCAUCAACGUAUAUUGCACAUUUACGAGCCGUUCUUCGAGACGACGGCGAAGCUCAUCCCGAAACUACCAAGUCCUUGUCGCUUGCCUUGUCGUGGCCAUUCGCUAUUCAAAAUAACAACGCUACCGCACUUAUGAACAACAGUUGCAACGUAUCCUCCUCGACGUCUUCGAGUUGUAAUCAGUAUCGAGGACAACAAGCAACUCAUGAUAUCCAAAACUUCCAUCAUUCGGGGCAUCAGAGCGUGUCGACGCGCCAUAAUCUUCAGGGGGGAGAGCAACAGCUCUCUUAUUUCUAACAAAAAAAUUCUGAUAAUCUGAGUUAAUCAAAGUUUAACGAGCGAUAUCUACGAGAAGCGACCACCAGCUGGGAACUAUAACAGUGCUGUCGUUUUCACGCCUUAUUUAUUCCGGAGUGCCUUAUUCUUCUAGUAUUUAUUAAUUUACUUUUAAUGCAAUUGAUAACGAUUAUAAAUCCAUUUGCGCAACAAGGAAAUAAUUUUAUUUAUGAAUGUCAUUUAUAUUUUAAUUUUUAUGCGUCUCUCAUGCAUUUUUUACAUGCAGCUUUAAUGAAAAAUAAAUUUAAACGAGCAGAGUAAACGAAAUACUAUUUUUGUUUCGUUUUACAAAGAAAGAUAUAAGAAAAAUGUAUAACGAGAGAUUUGAAAUUAUCGAUUUAUCGAACAUUUUGUGAGAGUGUUAUUAUAUCUUCGCGGAAAAAUUGUUUCCUUGUCUCACAGAUUCAUUUAUUGCAAUAUCAAUAUUGUAAUCAUAAUUAUAAUACCAAAGCAUAUCAACUAGUCCAAAAUAAAA